AUGGGCGAAGGUCCACGAAAUGAUAUUUUCUAUAAUCGUUUCGGAAAUAUUCUUUUGGUUUGUGGUUUUGGCAAUAUUUCUGCGGGUAAAAUGGAAUUCUGGAAUGUCGAUGAAAGGAAAGAAAUCCUUAGGAUAGAUGUGCCGAAUACGACGUUCCUCGAAUGGGCACCAGAUGGUCAACAUUUAAUGACGGCCACAACAACACCGCGAUUAAGAAUUGAUAAUUGUUAUCGAAUUUGGCAUUAUAGUGGACGUUUAAUCCAUCAGGCAUCUUUUGAUUACCCUAAAGAACUUUGGCAG